AUGGUUAGAAACACAGGUGUACGAAAACAAAGUGAAGAAGCACAAAUAGAUUGGAUGUUGCAAAGUGAAACUCCUACCCCUCUUUCUUUCUUUCGUUUCGUAGAUGCUUCUGAAAGAUCAAGAUCCAUACAAAAAUAUUCAAAAAUACUAAUGAAAACAAUAUAUCGCAAAAGAAAUUCAGAUAGUCUUAACUCCGUUCUGUAUAAAUUUAACAAGGGAGAAUACAAAAACGAUUGGGAGAUUUGGAAGAAAGAGAGAACAAAGAGCUUAACGGUGACAAACAUAGUCGAAACGAACUUCGAAGUUCAUGAUAUAUAUAAUUCUACAUUUACUCGAGCACUUGGAAAACGAAAUUCGAACUAUGCGAACCCGGGUUCGUCUAAAAAAGUGAAAUCAUCCAAAG